CUGUUAUGAGGUCUAUAUAAGAUGCCUGGUGAUUCUCUCUUCAUGUAGACAGUUCCACUGUGGUUCUGCAGACACGUUAACAGUUAUCUACAGCCUGUUUCACUGCUACUCAUGGGGUGCAUGAUUCUUCCGUGUCUGGCUGCCCUGCUCUUUUUCAGUGGGGUGGUGACAGUACACGCUACAACGACAACAGUAGAGACAACAGCAGAAGAGACAACAACAGAAGAGACAACAAUAACAACAACAACAAUGGCUACAACAACAUUGCCAACCACAACAGAAAUGUCAACAAUAGAAAUGUCAACAAUAGAAGUGACAACAACAGAAGAGCCAACAACAACAACAACAAUGGCUACAGCAACUUUGCCAACCACAACAGAAGUGACAACAACAGAAGAGCCAACAACAACAACAACAACAAUGGCUACAGCAACUUUGCCAACCACAACAGUAGUGACAACAACAGAAAUGUCAACAACAGAAGAGACAACAACAGAAAUGUCAACAACAGAAGAGCCAACAACAACAACAAUGGCUACAGCAACUUUGCCAACCACAACAGAAAUGACAACAACAGUAGUGACAACAACAGAAGAGACAACAACAGAAGAGCCAACAACAACAACAAUGGCUACAGCAACUUUGCCAACCACAACAGAAAUGACAACAACAGUAGUGACAACAACAGAAGAGACAACAACAGAAAUGUCAACAAUAGAAGAGCCAACAACAACAACAAUGGCUACAACAACAUUGCCAACCACAAUAGAAGUGACAACAACAGAAGAGACAACAACAGAAAUGUCAACAAUAGAAGAGCCAACAACAACAACAACAAUGGCUACAGCAACUUUGCCAACCACAACAGAAAUGACAACAACAGAAAUGACAACAACAGAAGAGACAACAACACCAGCACCCUGUCAGAUCUUGAACUGCGUUUCAGAUGAAGUCUGUAAGAAGAUAAAUGGAGUCUAUGGCUGUGGAUGUGGAUACUUUACAACGGACAGCCCGAAUAUUUAUGACGCCAUUGAGACAUGUUCAGGAAGUAAUGGAUCACUGUCUCUGUCUCGCUGUGAGCUCUUUGAAGCUGGAUAUUCUGCUGAUGUUCUCCACCUUAACGACCCAAACUGCAAAGGGGAGCUCCAAAAUAACAGGCUGGUGUUCAGCUUUGACAGUAAUGUCAACAUGUGUGGCACAACUCUGGAGAAUAACAGCACGCACAUCGUUUUCAAGAACAGCGUUGGGACAACUGACUUGACGGGUGUGAUUAGUCGCACUGGUGGGCUCAACAUCACCUUUUCCUGUGUGUAUCCACUCAUCCAGAGCAUCUCCAUGCCCACGGCUAUCGAAGGCAUAGGAGGUAUAAUCAGCAAGUAUCUGUCUACUGAGGGCUCGUACCAGAUCAGCAUGAUCCCAUAUACCGAUGCUACAUUCCAGUUUCCACUCUUUGGCAAUGUGACCCUAGAAGUGAACCAUCAGAUGUAUAUAGCUGUGCAAGUGGAUCAGUUUGACAGCACUCAAAUUGGGCUUGUACUGGACAGCUGCUGGGCCACGCCCUUCAACCAGACUGACUAUUACAUCCGCUGGGACCUGAUCAGUAAUGAGUGUCCGAACCCCAAUGACGGCACGGUGGCGGUGUUGCAGAAUGGUGUCUCCACGACCAGCUACUUCUCAUUCAGGAUGUUCACAUUCACCGGCUUCUCCAACAAGAUCUACCUGCACUGCCAGGUCCAUCUCUGUCUGCUGCAGACAGGCAACUGUGCACAGAUGUGCACUGGAAAUCCUUCCAGAAGACGCCGAGCUGUAGAUUUCUACGAUUCAGCUGCCAUUACCAUGGAAUUCUGAUUUGUUUGCUUGAAACUUACACUGCUAUCAAUUUUUUUUUUAUCUUUGUUUUAUGUUUAAUCAUUAACUAUUGCUUUGCUUUAAUCAUAAAGGCAAAUUAUAUCAAAAUUCAGCUUUUUUUAAUUCAUAACAUCUUGUAAGUGAUUGUACUCAUCUGUGCUGGCUUAAUCAGUCAUAAAUCUUUCAAGCAUUUUAUUCUUGUUGCUUUUAUUCUCUUUAAACCUCAAAUACUGUAAAAAGUUGUGUAUAUUUAAUAUUGAAUAAUUGAAAAAUAUCAUUGAA